AUGUCCGCUGAAGAUUUGAACGACAAAAGCUUUGGAGUCUUGAGUUUGUACGGUUACACGGUGAAUAAUGAAGUGUUAGGUGUUGGUGCCUACAGUGUUUUACACUCUGCAUUCUCCAAAACUCAUGAAACUGAAGUUGCUAUAAAAGUUAUUCCCAAAAUACGUGGUGCUAAAGAGUUUUUGACACAAUUUCUCCCAAAAGAAUUAGAGUUGAUGAAAGAAUUGGUGCAUCCAAACAUCGUCACAUUCAUGCAAGUUAUAGAAACCAACGUUAAAAUUUAUAUAGUGAUGGAAUUAGUGAAAGGUUUGAGUCUUUUACAAGCUGUGCAAGCAAAGAAACAACUGAACGAAAAAACAUCUGAAAAAAUCUUCAGGCAACUGUGCAACGGCAUUGAGUACAUCCACGAAAAGGGAAUAGCCCACAGAGAUUUGAAAUGCGAAAAUAUACUUUUAGACGCGAGAGGGUACGUUAAAAUAAUUGAUUUCGGAUAUGCAAAAAGUAAUUUAAACUCUACCGACGAACUUAUAAGAAGCACAACUUUCUGUGGAAGUUACGCAUAUGCGUGUCCUGAAAUUUUGCAGGGGCGUCCUUAUAUACCCUUUCUAGCUGAUGUAUGGAGUUUAGGUGUUAUCCUCUACAUCAUGGUGUUUGGUUCGCUGCCGUUUGAAGACACGAACUUGCAACGUUUGUUAAAGUUAGUGGUUAUACCUCUGUUGAUGCCAACUAGUAUCAAAAUAAGCGGACGAUGUCAGAAGACCAUUAGAAAAAUUCUGACCCCGGAAGAAAUCCGCCCAAGUGUAUCGGCCGUCAAAGAACUUUCAUGGCUUAGAGAAUCAUCAAAUGACCUCAAAACUUCGACGCUGAAAGAAACUGAUGCGUAA